AAAGAUGAAGAUAAAUUCAAAUUUAAAAAACAGAAAAAAAUGUGAUAUAUAUAUAAAUAAAGAAUUUAUAUAAACAAAGUCACUGGUAGUAGUAAACAUUACCUUUCACUCCUUCUUUAUUUGCUUCUUCUCUUCUCUGUCGGCUAUUUAUCUGCAUCUACAUCUCUUUCUGUGUUCCCACCCAACUUCCUUAUUCCCCGUUCUUUUCCAUUCCCUUCUCUCUCAUUCUCUCUGAUCUAACACUUUCAAUCGCUUCAUCUCACUCUUCAUCUCCGAAGCGCAAUGACGGCGGAGGAGGUGUUGAACGUCUUACACAGCAAAGAGAUUUCUGAUAACGGCGGUGGUGUAGAAGAUCAUCAUAAGAUCGUAACGGAGCAUUGUAAUGGUAAGGAAAUUUCUGUUAACGGCAAUGUCGGUGGUGAGGUUGUUUCUGAUAUCGUUGAUUCAGAUCCGAUCGUUACCGUUGACGUUAACAGUAACGGUAAUGGUGUUGUAGUUUUAGAGGAUCAUAAGGUGGAAGGUGAAUCUGAAGUUACUGUUAUUUCUAAUUCUAAUGGUUCUGUUGAUAAAACGACAAUUGUUGAUGUCGUUGAACGGGAAGGAGAGAUUUAUCAAAACGGUUCGGGAUCUGAUGUGAAUCACGUUCACGUUACUGAUAAUACUGUUGUUGAGGUUCAAAACGGUGCGUUGGAUAAAGAAUCGAGUGAAUGCGCUGUAGAGAGUUCUGAGGACGAGAUUCGUGAUGAAGUUAGUGAUUCUGUUGUGGAGGAAGGAGUGAAGGUUCAGGAUCGUGAAUUGGAGAGUUUUGAAAACGGUGUCGUUGAGGAGAAUGAGAUUUGUGAUGUUGUUGCUGACGUGGACAAGAGUGAUCGCGAAUUGGAAGGAGGAGUUGUUGAAAACGGUGCGGUGGAUACGGGUGGAGGAGAUGUAGAAGAGAUAGAGGUUCUGGUUCCUGUUGUUGUUGAGGAGGUUGCUGCUGCUUCUACUGAAGCAGUGGAGGCUGGUGAUUCUGAUGUGGUGGGAACGGCGGAAUCUAAAGAUCAUGAGAGUGGAGAGAGCGAAAAAGUUGGCGGUGUAGGUGUAGAUGCUUCGGGUGAGAAGACCGAAAUUUGUGAUGUUGAAUUGGAAAGUGAAGUUGGUGCUGAAGUGAGUGAUUCAGCUGAGAAUAAAUUGGAAAGUGUAGUUGAUGCUGAAGUGAGUGAAUCAGCUGAGAAGAACGAAAUUGGUGAUGUUGAAUUGGAAAGUGAAGUUGAUGCUGAAGUGAGUGAUUCAGCUGAGAAGAAAUUGGAAAGUGUAGUUGAUACUGAAGUGAGUGAAUCAGCUGAGAAGAAUGAAAUUUGUGAUGUUGAAUUGGAAACUUCAGUUGAUGCUGAAGUCAGUGAAUCAGCUGAGACUAAUGGAAUUCAUGAUGUUGAAUUGGAAACUGUGAUUGAUGCUGAAGUGAGUGAAUCAGCUGAGAAGAAUGAAACUCAUGAUGUGGAAUUGGAAAGUGUAGUUGAUGCUGAAGUGAGUAAUUCAGCUGAGAAGAAUGAAAUUCCUGUUGAUGUUAAUGGAGUAUGUGAUGAUACAGAUGUGAAGCAAUGUGCAGUUGAAGAUACUCAAAACGGUUUAGAGAAGGCACCGGUUGAGUCAGUCUCUGAUACAAUUGUUGAAAAUGGUGUGGCAGAGGUUGAGGUGAGUGAAUGCACGGAGGGGGAGAAUGUGAUUCUUGUUGAUGUCAGUGAAUCAGAGAGGUCUGUUGAGGUAUCAGAACCUCAAGUUGUUAUUCAAGGAAAAGAUUUAGCAGAAAAAAUCGAGUCAGGGGUUUUUGAUGAUGCUGAUGAAGGUAAAGAUGAAAAUGAACCUUCUGUUGAUACGAAAACCAUUGAAGAGGAGGGCAAUGCUGCGCCUUCUGAUAAUGUUGUCAAGGUUGAAGGUGAAUCUAUUGACGUGUCUGAGAUUAAAACCGAUGCAGUGGAGAGUGAAGCUGAACAUUCAAAGGAAACAGUGGUGAGUGAAGCUGAGCCUUCAACGGAAACAGUGGCGAGUGAAGCUGAAGCUUCAAACAAUGCAAUGGAGAGUGAGGCCAGUCUUUCUGUUGAUGUUCCAGAUUUGAAAACCAAUGCUGUGGAUAGAGAAGCUGAACUUUCAACUGAAGCCGAACCUCCAGUUGAAGCCGAAUCUCCCGUUGAAGCUGAACCUUCAGUUGAAGCUAAAAUUUCAGCUGAAGGUGAAGGUAGCAACCCAAUAGAUGAAGAUUUGAAAACACCCCAAGAGGUAUCUUCUGCUGAUGCUACGGAUGCACAGAAUCUGGGCACCGAGGUGGUGAAGACGCCAUUCUAUUGGUUGGUCCGGGUUCCACGAUAUGAUGAUGAUGAAAAUAUAAGAGAGCAGAUUCAACAUGCGGCUCAACAAGUAGAGGAGAAGACUAAAAUCCGUGAUGAAAUUCGAUCUGAAAGCCAGGAUAAAAGGGCCCUUUGUAAAGAGUAUGGCCAAGAAUUUAGAGCUGCAUUACAAGAAGAGAGAGCUGCUAGGGAGUUACUCAAAGCCAAACGGCAAGAGAUGGAUUCAGUUCAAUCCAUAAUGAGUAGAUUAAACAAUGCAAUUUCUGUAGGUGAUAUAGAUGCCAAGAUUAGAAACAUGGAACACAUGAUCCAGCAUGAAACUCUGCCUCUAAAAGAAGAAAAGCAAUUGAUACGCCAAAUCAAACAAUUGAAGCAGACGCGUGGCGAACUGUCUACUAUUAUAGCAAAACAGGAUCAAUCACAAUCUCUAGACGACAAAGAAAGCAUUGAAGAGCAAACUAAGCGAUUACAGCUUUUGAGGAAGGAAUUGGAUGUGCUUAGAAAUAAUGUUCUGAAGGCAGAAACAAUAACUAAAGCAGCAAAGAAGAAAUCUGACGAAGAAAGUAAUCAACUGAGCAAGCUUAUGGCUCAGUAUAAGGCUGCUGAUGACACUCGUCAAGAGGCAUUUGUCAAGUUACAGAUUUUGAGAAGGCAAUUGCACGAGAAGAGCAAAUAUUUUUGGGAAUACAAAAAUGCUUCAGUGAGAGCGCAAGAACUAGGAGCACAGCGGGGGAAGAAAGAGGAGGUGCAAAAAUUAUGUAUUGAACAGGCUGAGCGAAUACAUGAGAUGCUAAAGAAUGAUGAGUUCAGAAGGAGCUAUAUCCGGUGCAACACCAGGAGUACACUGAGGAGACUGGUAACUUAUGAUGGCCGAGGGCUUGGUCCUGAUGAGGAGCCACCCGUGAUUCCUAAUGCAUUCAUUGAAAGAUCUCCCAAAAAUGAUUCUUUGGUCCCACAGUCAACUCCUGAACAACAACAAAAAUCAAUACCAACAGAAUCUGUUACUGUUAAUGCAAAGGAUGAACCCACUUCCAAGGUUGCGGUGCAAAAACCUGAAAUAAGUGAGUCAAGUAAAGCUAAAAAGCCUGCAAAACCUGUUCCAGAGAAGAAGUCAGCGGUUCCAGUUUCUCGUUGGGGGGAUGAGUCCGAUGAAGAUAAGGAACCUAAAGAACCUGUGAGAACAAAGGAGGAAGAGGAGCGGAUCUUAAAGGCUGAAAAGGUGAAGAAGGAGGAAGAAGAAGCAAAGCUAAAGGAAAUAAAAAGGCUAGAGGAAAUUGAGAAAGCUAAGGAGGCACUUCAGAGGAAAAAGCGUAAUGCAGAGAAGGCCCAACAAAGGGCUUUAUAUAAGGCCCAAAAAGAAGCUGAGCAAAAAGAGAAGGAAAGGGAGAAAAGAGCAAGGAAGAAGGAAAAAAGAAAGACAGUUUCUCCCGAUCAUGCUGUGGAGAAUACAGAACAAGAAUCUGCAGCUUUACCUACCGCUGAAAUUCUGACAAGAACAUUGGAUGAAUCUGAUCAAAUUGAGAAACCAGCUGAGGUAACAAAAAGGCCAGUGAAACCAUCUCAAUUCACAAAGCAAAACAAGGUAAAAUCUUUACCCAUGGCUAUUCGCAACCGAGGGAAGAGACGAAUUCAACCAUGGAUGUGGUGGGCUCUAAUUGCAGUUCUGGUUAUUGCUGCAUUGUUUUAUAUUGGGAAUAACAGCUCCUUGAUAUCUUCUUUUCAAAGCUUUGGUUUCUGAGGACACUCCGAUGUUUAAAAAAUUGCUUUGAUACUAAGCAAUCAUUAGGUGUUUGCCAGGGGGAUGAUACCCUUACAUAUUUAUUACAUAUAUACAUAUAGAAGCAAUUCUUUUGGUGCCUUUACAAUUUUUGCUUGCUUCUAGUUUUUGGUCUGUAGUAUUUAUUAUUAUUAUUUUCUUUAAACUAAUAUUUGUUACUUUCUGAUGUGAUGCGAUUUUAACUGGUUGAUUGCUUCUGCGACCAAUUAUGGUAAUAAAUUAUUGUGAUUGUGGGGUUUUUUUUUAUUUUAUA